AUGGCCCCAGUUAAGUCCCAAGAAUCUAUCAACCAAAAGCUUGCCCUUGUUAUCAAGUCUGGUAAGUACACCCUAGGUUACAAGUCUACCGUCAAGUCUCUAAGACAAGGUAAGUCUAAGCUAGUUAUCAUUGCUGCUAACACCCCAGUUCUAAGAAAGUCCGAGCUAGAAUACUACGCUAUGCUUUCCAAGACCAAGGUUUACUACUUCCAAGGUGGUAACAACGAAUUAGGUACCGCUGUCGGUAAGCUUUUCAGAGUUGGUGUUGUCUCCAUUCUAGACGCUGGUGACUCUGAUAUCUUAACCACCCUAGCUUAA